UCGUUCGUCACGAUUGUAGAAUCACGAUCUCUCUCUCGAAUCAAGAUUCAAGAAUCACAGCCAUGGAUAUGGGUGCCAACUCGCUGCCGUCGCCGUCGUGCCCCGACGGCAGGAAGCGGCGCGUGUGCUACUACUACGACCCGGGCAUCUCCAACGUCGACUACGGCGAGGGACACUCCAUGGUGCCCCGCCGCGUCGCCAUGACCCACGGCCUCGUCGCCUCCUACGGCCUCCUCAACCACAUGACUCGCCUCCGCACCAGGCCGGCCAGCCCGGAGGAGCUCCUCGCGUUCCACGACCAGAAAUACGUCGACCUCCUCGGUAGGCUCACCCCCGCCGGGUACAUCAGCGACGCCGACCUCCGGCGGACAGCCGAGGAGCAUGGCAUCGGUCCCGUGCGCCGCUGGGACGGCACCUACACGAACGACAAUCCCGCCAUCGAAGGCCUCAUGGGGUACUGCCUGAGCUACGCCGGCGGGUCGCUGGCCGCGGCGCGCGCGCUCUGCAGGGGCGACCACGACGUCGCCAUCAACUGGUCCGGCGGCAUGCACCACGCGUGCCGGGGCCACGCCAACGGCUUCUGCUACGUCAACGACAUCGUGCUGGCCAUCAAGCAGCUCCUCGGCCGCUUCCCGCGCGUGCUGUACGUGGACAUCGACGCGCACCACGGGGACGGCGUGGAGAAGGCCUUCGUGGACUCCAACCAGGUGAUGACGCUGUCCUUCCACCAGUACGAAAGCCAGUUCUUCCCCGGCACCGGGAGCAUCGACGACGUUGGCGAGGGGGCCGGCAGGUACCACGCCCUCAACGUGCCGCUCAAGAAGGGCAUGGACGACCAGGGGUACCAUGAGCUGUUUAAGCCGAUCGUCGGCAAGGCCAUGCAGGUGUUCCAGCCGGACGCCGUGGUGCUGCAGUGCGGCGCCGACUCGCUCUCCGGCGACCGGCUCGCUGGCCUCGAGCUGUCGGUGGGCGGCCACGCGGAGUGCGUCAAGUACCUGCGGGGAUUCAACGCGCCGCUGCUCCUCCUCGGCGGCGGCGGCUACACCAUUAACCACGUCGCCUCCUGCUGGUGCUACGAGACGGCGGUCGCCGUGGGCAAGGAAGACGAGAUCGCCGACGAGAUACCACACCAUCCGUACGAUCACUACUACAGGAGCCAGGGUUACAAGCUCCAGUGCCGCACGGAGGCGCCCGGCAGCCGCAGCAGCGGGGAGAAUAAGGACGCGGCCGCCAUUAGGGUGAAAGCCCUGGAGCACCUCUCGGCGAUCAACUGCGCGCCGAGCAUACAGUUCCACGAGCCAUGCGCCGCGGCGGCCCAAGGCAUGGACGUCGACGACCUCUGCCACGACGACGACGAGGACGAUGAUGAAGAAGAAGAAGACCCCAUGGAGAGGCUGCACCGGCUGUGCGACAACGCGGACCUCGCCGGGUUUUUCGUGGAAUUGGGGCGGAAGCACAGUCUAUCGUCCUCUGCCAUGGGUUGACCCUGCGCUGCCCUCCACGCCAUGCAUGUGGAGGUUUUGACUCAUGUCAUUGUUCACUUCAUUCACAGGAACCGGCGAGCAUUUUGGUAGACACAUAAUAUAGUACUCCUAUCUCUUCCAGAGAUCCAAUUUGUGCCAUUUGCAUGCUCCUACCUCUCUAUCUGUCUUGUUCGAGCUCUACUGUCUGUUUUUGGUCUUUUGUUCUUUGGUUUUUCUCUUUGUAUUAGAGGGCUUGCUGGUACUGUAGUAUUUUGUUGACCAAAUGUAUAAAUCUAAGUUUGGCACAAAAUGAAGAAAUAUU